CGGGGAAGCUGGUGCGCCUGAGCGAGGCGGACGGCCCGAGCGUGGCGGUGCACAUCUGCGACCGUGUGCUGCCGUUUCUGGAAGCCAUGCAGGACGUCAGCGACGAGGCGGGGCUUCCCUCCACGGUGCACGUGAUAAAGAACGAGGACACGGGAGCAGCCAUUCUCGAAGCAGCAACGAAGCUGGAGGCCACCCACAUGGUGCUCGCUUCCUCUGCCGGCAAGGGCGCCAGCCAGUGGCACACUAUCAACGCGUGUUCAGAUGAGUCAAAGCUGCCGCCCGGAGCAACGCUCUUCCUCAUUGAAGACGGCAAGAAGCUCAAAUCCAUCUCCUCAGGACAGCCCCCCGCCCCCACCACGAUGGGCACAGCAGGUUAUGCCACACCAGCGUAUGAGCAGCAAUUGCCAGGCAUACAGGAGGGGGGCAGCGGCACACAGGAGCCCUCCUCCACCCCUGCUGCUGCUGCCGCUGCUGGGGAGGGAGGAGGAGGAGCAGCAACAGCAACAGCAGCAGCAGCGGCAACAACAGCAGCAAACAGUGCCAGUACUGCUGCUGCUGCUGCUGGUGCUGCUGGUGCCGGUGCAGCAGCGGCGAGUGGGGGAGGGGGUGGGGGAGCAGGAGACGAGGGACUAUCAGCACUAGAGCUAGCUCGGCGGAAUUACCGUAUGCAAGCAGCUGCCAAAGCCCAGGCGGAAGCGGGGGCAGCUGGGGGGGGCGCAGGGGGGGCAGGGGAAGGCGCAGGGGGAGGCGCAGGGGGAGGGGCAGGGGGAGGAGCGCCGGGGAAGGGGAAGGGGAAGGAUUUCAAGCAGUACUCACUUGAAGAGCUGCAAGCGGCUAUGGACCAUUUCUGGCCGAACAACGUGUGUGGCGAGGGCAGCUACGGGGUGGUGUACAAGGGGUGGCUGGAUGGGCAGGCAGUGGCGAUCAAGCAACUGAAGAACCCGGAUGCGCAAGCGGCUCUAGAUGAGAUCGACCGGGAGGUGGAGGUACAGAAGCGUAUAGACCAUCCGAAUGCUGUGAGAUUGUUGGGCUACUGCAGGGAGGACCGCUCGCUGGUGUACGAGUUCCUCUCCAACGGAUCCUUGGAGGACCGCAUGCUCUGCGUCGGCGGCACGCCACCCCUCAUGUGGCCCGAGCGCUGCCGCAUCGCCAUGGAGGUGGCAGCGGGUUUGCAGCAUCUGCACACGCGCAAGCCGCCCAUAGUCCACCGCGACGUGAAGCCAGCCAACGUGCUCCUGGACGACAACUUCACCGCCAAGCUCGGCGACGUGGGCCUGGCGCGCCUCAUGGGGGACCUCGCUCCCGGCCACUCCCACGUUGUGCGAAAAUCCGUUAUCGUCGGCACGGAGCAUUAUGUAGACCCCGAGUAUCUCUGUGCAAGACGAGGGUAUCUCGGGCCGAAAUCCGACGUGUAUUCGUUUGGGAUCGUGCUGCUGCAGCUGCUGGUCGGGGAUGUGCCGAACCCACGGAGGAUAGAUGCGGCGGUGGAAAGGGAGGAGCUGGCUGUGCUGCUCGAUCCGAGGGCUGGGGAGUGGCCGCCGAAUCUCGCGAUGGAUCUGGCGAAUCUCGGCCUUUGGUGCGCGGAAAUGGACCGCCGAGAUCGGCCGGAUCUGACGGAGGAGGUGAUUCCUGCGCUGUUGGAGAUCUGUGAAGCGGCGGCGGAAGCAGUGGUGGAAUGGGAGGGGAAGCAGGAGGCGGUGAGGGAGAGGCAGCGGCAGGAGCGGGAGCAGAAGGAGCGGGAGAAAGCGAGGAAGGAGGAGGAGGCGCGGAAAGGGAAGGAACGGCAGGAGGCGGGGGAAGCUGCAAGGAAAGAGCAGGGGGUGGGGGGUGGUGGUGCGAAGGGGAAGGCCGGGGAAGGGAAGACGGAUGCGAGUGUUGGGGGAAAGGACGAUGGUGCUGCGCAUGCGCAGGGUGGGUGCUGUGUUUUGUUGUGA